CCUCCAUCAGCAACGCCCCGUAGGCAGCUGCUUUCUUUCAACACCACCCUUUCUCUGGCAACAGCAGGCCUCAAAUGAUCCAGCCAGCCCCAGCAGAUUAGAUCCCUUCGUGAUCGUCUACCCACUCAUUACUCCCUUCCGAUUGCAAGCGUCAUACCUCAUCGCCUACAAACAUCAUGCCUCCCCCUCCGCCGCCGCCGCCGCCGCCCGGAGGGAUGGGAGGUCCUCCCCCGCCUCCUCCCCCCGCGGGGAAUCUUCCCAGCAGACCCUCUGGUUCAGAAGCUAAAGGCCGGGGCGCACUGCUUUCCGAUAUCCACAAAGGCGCAAGGCUGAAGAAGACCGUGACCAACGACAGAUCGGCGCCCAUGGUUAGUGGUGGAGGAGCGAAGUCUUCCGGUCCUGCAAUUCCAAGCGCUCCGCCAGUUCCGGGCAUGGCGAAGCCUCCGACAGGGCUUGCACCACCCGUCCCUCCGGCACAGGCAGCGAACAGGCUACGAAGCAACAGCGAUACUGGUUCAGGAGGUGAUGCAGUGGCGGGUGCCCCGGCGGCGCCUCAACUUGGAGGCCUCUUUGCUGGAGGCAUGCCUAAGUUGCGCAGUCGGGGAGGCGUUGACACCGGAGCUAAUCGGGACUCCCCAUAUCGAUCAGAUGCGGAUGGUUCGCGGAGCGCUCCCCCGCCCCCUGCUAUGUCCGCCCCCAAACCGCCAGGUGCUCGACCUCCACCACGCCCUCCAGCAACAGAGUCGCCUCCUACUCCUCCAGUGAACCCGUUGGUUGCAAACCUCCGGAAACCACCCCCGCGACCGGCUUCCAGGCCGUCAUCGACGGUUUCGACUGCGUCCAGCAGAUCCGCCCCUGACGCUCCCCCGCGCGCACCGCCACCGUUGCCCGGCUCCGCCAAAGGCCCGCCGCCGCCUCCAGUAUCUACAAGAAAACCCUCUGCUCCUGCUCCUCCUCCACCACCACCACCUCCUCCAUCAGCUAGUCCAGCUGCACCUCCGCCACCUCCUCCGGCGGCUGCUCCCCGACCUCCUCCAGCGCCCGCACGCUCUACACCCCCUCCCCCUCCUCCUCCCGGCGCGUCCGCUCCACAGCCGCCGAACGGCACAGCUGCUGCGUCUAUCGCCGUACAAGCUGCCAGAAAUGCUCUCGGACAUGCGCCACCACCUCCUCCCCCACCAGCGGCCUCGGCCCCAUCAGCUCCCCCUCCGCCUCCUCCCAGUGCUCCUCCCAGCGAGCCACCGUCGCGGCCAUCACCUCUGCCGUCUAGCAUAGCACCUCCUCCACCUCAUCAACCAGACCGAUCUACCCUGGACCCGAGCGCCUAUACCCUCAGCAACGGCGGGCCGUCACCGGGAUUAAGCCCUCGCAGUCCAGGCGGACAUGGCAUCAUGCGGGUGGACGAUCAUCGGUUCAAGUUCCAGAGCGAAGGCUUAUUGCCCAAGCCUCGACCAUUUGUGGGAGGCACCAGGCGGUAUCGGGCUGGACGAGGCAGCAGCGUGCCAUUGGAUCUGAGCGCAUUGGUUGGGUAAGGGAAGUAGUGCGGCGAGACGCGUGGUAGAUUAGUAUUUUUCUCCAGACUUGUGGAUUUGCUUAGCAAUUCGCAUAUUGUUAGUGAUCGUAGGGUGUUUAAGGAAUGAAGAUUGGUCUUCAGGUCAAUUGCAUUACAAGUUGCGCGCUCUGUACGUAGUAUAUGUAUUAUACUAAUCUGUACCAGCUGGACUACUGGACCAGGC